AUGGACCCUCGCGGACCCGAGGCAGAACCCGAUGAGCUCCACAACGGAUGGGGAGCUCUUUUCAAAGACGACGAGGAGGACGAAGACUACGCUCCGUCCGAGUGCAGCAGCGACCGGCUUUCCGAUGCGUCCGACUGGGAUCCGAUCGAAGCUGCCCCCGAGACUCACAUCCCACCGAUAUACCGCCACAACACCCGGGUCAUGCGCGAGCGCCUCGCAUUCUCGAUUUCCCGCACGCGCACCAGCAUUGUCGACCGCGUUAAGUCAAUUUUGGCUUUUAUGGACUCCAGCGCUCUUAUGGGCAGCGAGGAGCUUCCCCGCAUUCUCGAGCGCUGGUACAAGGUCCCUCGCGCAUCCUCCUCACGACACCAUCAUGUAUGGCCCCAGGGCGCUAGGAAGGCUCUUGAGGAGUUUGCCCUGGAGUGCGUGGAGGAGAUUGUUGACUGA